UCUGGGAGGGCUUACUAGAAUUGUAUGAAUGGGCUAGUGGUGCAAAAAGGAGGAAAGUCUACCACUUUAUAAUACUUCCCGAAACGGAAGUAUGCCUAGUCAAAAUAGAGAAACCCAGCGAAAAACAGUAUCUACUAGUUUUAGGGACUCCUGGAGUUGCUCCUUUUCUACAGAUUCUGUAGGAGAGUUAGAGGAAGAAAGAACCUCGUCUGCAGUAGGCUUGCGUCGAAAGAGAAACUCUAGUAGAACCGGUUUAUAUCCGGAGACUAUUCAAAGUGUCCAACAAAAGCAUAAUUCUUUGCGGGAAGAGGGAAACUGUGGUGUUGAAGCUGUCACAAAACAACUUGCUUACGAAACCUUUGAUUUCUCGUCUUCCAACCCCAGUCGGAGAAGAAAAGCGGUUUUCGGUAAUAUAGAGAGUCUAGAAAAGCAGGAAAAUUUUCAAAAGCUUCUUGACAGUUGUUCCCCUGGUGGGUCUUUACCUUCUGAGUGUAUUGAUGACGAUUUUCACGAACUCAACUCCUCUUCCGUUUUUUAUUCAACACAGAGUAGUAAUGGUAAUGGUUUCCCGCAAACUUCUCGUGUGAUAACGGACAGUAGUGAGUAUAUAGCUGAUUCUGAGGAGAACAGUGUCCAAAAUAUUUCCCUUCCAAAAAUGCCAAGAAGGGCUAUUCUUUUGAAUGCCGACUCUGGAGGAGUUCCACCAAAGAGAAGAAGAGAGAUAGUGUCUCGAGUAGCCAACAAAUCCUCUGAGGGUCCUAGCACUAUCGCCACAACCAGAAGUUACAGCACAAUCACUCGGAGCUCUGUCAAAUGGAACAAUUCUGUGGAUUCUUUCACACAGGAAGCAUUUGCAUGCUCUGGGAGUUCACAGACCGAUGGUGUUACGUUAGUUUCUUGUGGAGAACCCGUCAAUUCAGAAUUACACGAAAGUAUAUCGAUCACGUCUUGUUUUCCUGUUUCGUUGCAGACGGAACCGCGUCAUGUGAGUUCGAUGGAGCAGUUGAGUUCUACACCCUCAGAAGAACGAGAAUCAUUUCAGGAUUCGCAUGUGGAACAAACGGAAGAGGACACUUGUGGGUCCGUUUCUAGUGUGCGAAGCACGGAAGGUCUAACUACGGAAUUAUAUAGUCCCUAUGAAAAAUUUACUGAAAAUGGCAUUGUUCAGAGCGACUUCGUCGAUGAUAGCUCCGAUAUGUAUGAUGAGUUGACUUAUUUAGUGCAAAAUUGUGAAGUUACUGAGCCAAAAAACAAAUGUAAUGGUUUUUUACCGUAUAUUUGGUAAAUUGUUUAGACUGUACCUUCUUUUGAUUAUCAAACCUGUACAACUUGUGUUGUCACUCGUGCUUGUGUGUGAAUGCGUGUAUACUUUUAUAAACGAAAGAAAAACGUUGAUUUUCUA